AUGAUGCGAACUCAUUACUGCGGUUCUUUAACCGAAACUCAAAUUGAUGAAACAGUAACCCUCUGCGGUUGGGUACACCGUCGCCGUGACCACGGUGGUGUCAUCUUCCUUGAUAUGCGUGACCGUGAUGGUCUUGUGCAAGUGGUUAUUGACCCAGACACUCCUGAAGCAUUCGCAACUGCAGACAAAGUACGUUCAGAAUUCGUAUUAAAAAUUACAGGUCGUGUACGUCGCCGCUAUGCAGGCACAGAAAAUGCCAAUAUGGUGAGCGGUCAAAUCGAAGUUUUAGGUAAAGAAAUCGAAGUUCUUGCUGCAUCAGAAACUCCGCCGUUCCCAUUGAAUGACGACAACACCAAUAUUUCUGAAGAAAUUCGUUUGAAAUACCGUUUCUUGGACAUCCGUCGUCCUGAAAUGUUAGAUCGUUUACGUUUCCGUUCUAAACUAACCAACUUAAUUCGUAACUAUUUCGAAGACAAUGGUUUCUUGGACGUUGAAACUCCGAUUUUAACCCGUGCAACGCCUGAAGGUGCGCGUGACUACUUAGUGCCAAGCCGUGUUUCAAAUGGUAGCUUCUACGCACUUCCACAAUCACCACAAUUAUUCAAACAAUUGUUGAUGGUCGGUGGUAUCGAUCGUUACUACCAAAUCGCAAAAUGUUUCCGUGAUGAAGACUUACGUGCAGACCGUCAGCCUGAAUUCACCCAAAUCGACGUUGAAACAUCGUUCAUGAGUGACGAUGACAUCAUGGAUUUAAUGGAAACGUUGACGGUUAAGAUGUUCAAAGAACUUCUUGAUGUUCAAUUCGAUAAAUUCCCGCGCAUGACCUAUACAGAUGCUAUGCGUGACUAUGCAUCGGACAAACCAGACUUACGUAUUCCUUUGAAAUUGGUUGACGUCGCAGACCUAAUGCAAGAAGUUGAAUUCAAAGUAUUCGCAGGUCCAGCUAAAGAUCCUAAAGGCCGUAUCGUUGCAUUACGUGUUCCGGGUGCAGGUUCUUUACCACGUAGCCAAAUUGAUGAAUACACGAAAUUUGUCGGCAUCUACGGUGCAAAAGGUUUAGCGUACAUUAAAGUGAACGAGCUUGAAAAAGGCAUCGAAGGCUUACAGUCUCCAAUCGUGAAAUUCAUCGAGCCAAUCGUGCUUGAUCUCUUGAAACGUGUUGGCGCAGAAAAUGGCGAUAUCGUGUUCUUUGGUGCAGACAAAGCUAAAGUUGUGAACGAUGCCAUGGGUGCUUUACGUAUUAAAGUCGGUCAUGACUUAAAAAUGUCGACUUGCGAGUGGGCACCGCUUUGGGUGGUUGACUUCCCAAUGUUUGAAGAAACAGAUGAUGGCAAAUGGACUUCUGUUCACCACCCAUUCACACUACCUAAAUCAAGCGUUGAAGAUGUGAAAAAUAACCCUGGUGCUGCGCUUUCUGUGGCUUAUGACAUGGUGUUAAACGGUACCGAAAUUGGUGGUGGUUCACUGCGUAUUCAUAACCUAGAAAUGCAAAAAGCAAUUUUUGAAGCUUUAGGUAUUGGUGAAGAAGAAGCAGAAGAGAAAUUCAGCUUCUUACUCAAUGCAUUACGUUACGGCGCUCCUCCGCAUGGUGGUUUAGCAUUCGGUCUAGACCGUUUAGUCAUGCUCAUGACGGGUGGCGCGUCUAUUCGUGACGUGAUUGCAUUCCCGAAAACCAAAACUGCUGAAUGUCCAUUAACGCAAGCGCCUGCACCAGUUGAAUCAAAUCAACUACGUGAUUUAGGCAUUCGCUUACGUGAAAAACCAAAAGCUGAAGAAACAAAAUAA